GGCUAAUCAUGCUUAAAAGGAGUUAACUAUUUGUUCAAUUUCUUCGACGGCAUUUUUGUUAAUGGUGCAAACAUGCAGUGAUGCCUAUGUUUUUACAUGGUUGCUGUUGCUACGAGGUUGCUGUUGCUGAUUUACUUAAGGAAUCUGCCUAAAGCGACCGUUUUUCUCCAACUGUUUUGGAAUUUUAAACAGGCAGCCUGCAGGUCGGCUAACAUUUUUGAACAUGGUCUUAAAUAGCAGCGUAAACGAAAAUGUGUCUGAGGCCUUCAACUUGGAAUACUUGGAGUUCCGAAUCACAAAGAUAUCAUUGUACAUUCUGAUCUUUACUCUUAGCUGUAUCGGCAACAGUUUAGUUGCUAUUGUUAUCAUAAGAGCUAAAGGGACAUGGACGUCGGCAAAUGUACUGAUACUAAACUUGGCUCUUUGCGACCUCAUUUUACCUACUCUAAGUAUCCCGUUUGAUUUGGCCCUAGAAGAGGUCAACUACAUUUGGCCAUUUGGCAGCGGGAUGUGCAGAGUUUUAUGGCCAUUCCAGACUGCGUUUUCAACUUCUUCAUCGUUGACUCUCGUAGCGAUCAGCUUGGAUAGGUACAGAACUAUUGGGAAACCUUUAUCAAGGCGCGUUUCCACUGGGAAAAUCCUUGUGUUCUCGUCGACAAUUCAUGUCAUUUCCAUCGGUCUGUGUGUUCCUUAUUUUAUUGCGCUAGAUUACAAUGAGGCUCAAGGUUAUUGUGUUGAAAGCUGGUCUAAUUUCAGUCACCGACAAGCGUACACCAUUGUCCUGUUCCUAUGCCAAUAUGCCUUGCCUUUGGUAACGAUGUGCGUAGCAUACCUGCUUAUCUACCGCAGUUUGCGUUUAAACACGGCGAGACUUUUUUCCGCGAAUCGAAAGGGUCAGCAUCGUCGCAACUCAAGCAGAUUGUCGACUAUCAUGGACGACAUGGAAUUUAAAAGAAAAGAACAAAACAUUCGUUUGGCAAAAAUGUUCGUUUUUGUUGUCGUCGUGUUUGCAAUCAGCAUGUUUCCAAAUCAAAUUCUCUGGCUUUGGGUGGAUUUUGGAGAUGGCGCUGAGAACAAAUUCUUUCAUUAUAUUUCAGUGGUGUGCCGACUUUUUACGUACGCUAACAGUGUUUUAAAUCCAUUCAUUUAUGCCUUAAAAAGCAGAGAAUUCAGGGCCGGGUUUGCAAGGAUUGGUCGGCAAAGUAUGCAGCCAUUGAGAAAGAUUAGCACAACAAGGGCAAAGGACUUGUCACGAUGGCCCCAUUUAAAGAGCCUUCAAAUCCCUGACGUUGAUGACAAGCAGGUGACAAUGCUGAUUGUUGCAAAUGUUCCUGAAGUCCAAGUGCAUGAAGAAUUGAGUGUAAAUUUUUUGACGUAUGGUGAUGAGCUGUCAGAUCAGCAGAUGAGACAAUUCCUGAGGCUUGAUAACAUUUACAUGAACAGGAUUUUCAAGAAAGCUAUGUCAGUUGAAGACCAAGAGGCACUGAAAAGGAUGGUAAACUCAGUGCGUGAAGUAGAUGGUCAUUAUGAAAUUGGCAUGUUGUGGAAAAGUGACACCCCUUGGCUGCCAAGCAAAAAGCAAAUGGCAGAAGCAAGAUUUCAAUCCUUAAAGAGAAAACUUUAA